AUGAAUAAUAAAGAAGUUUAUUCAAUUGAUUUGAAAGAUAAUUACUUAUGUUUAAGUACAAGUGGACCGGGCGUAGAAAUGUAUAAUUUAGAAACAAGCGAGCUUAUAUUUAAAGAAGAACCGUUUGAUAGUGCAAUUUGUUUAGUAAAAUUUGUUGAUGAUAACAAUCUAUUUGUAUUAACUGAAAUGGGUGAAAUAACACUGAUCAGAAAUUAUAAUUCAAUUAAAGAUCUUGAUUAUGAAACUGUUGAUUUUAAAUCAAAUGUAACUGAAUCAAUUUGUAUUGAAAAUAAAGUUUUAAUAGGGACACAAGAGGGUGAAAUACAUGUGUUUGAUAUUAAAACAAUGGAGACAACGUAUUUUCAACAAUAUCAUAAGGCUCAAGUAACUCAGAUUGAAUUAAUGAAUGGUGAUUUGGUAUCUUUAAGCGAUGUUAGUUUAGUAAUAGACAGUUUUAAGAACAAAAUAAUGACACAAAAGUUUAAAAUACCAUUAGAAACAUUUAGUUAUAUUGGUAACAAUAUCUAUGCACUAGCUAGUGGUAGUAAAAUUUUUAUCUUUAAUAAUAAAAAACUCUUAUGGGAAUACAGCAUAGAAAAUGUUCAUACAAUGAAGAAUGAAAAUAAUUUUCUAUAUGCGGGUGGUGAUUUUAAUUUUAUUCUAGUAAUCGAUUUAAAGAAUUAUAGAACAUUUAAAAUUUCAGUAGAAACAACUAUUAAUGAAAUUAGAAUAAUAAGGAAUGUGUUAUUCUUCGUGUCUUAUGAACCAAUAAUUGGAUGGUUACCAACUAACAAUUUUAACGACAUAAAGUAUAUUAAUUUAAUUAACGAAAUGGAUAAUAUUUUCGAUUUUGCUGUAAACGAUAAAUUUAUUGUAAUUGGUGGGGACAAUGGGCAUUUUGUGUUUGAUUGGGAAGGUAAAUUGAUUGAUUAA